AUGCCAGCCAAAAAUAAGGGAAAAGGCUCUCAGACUGCCACCUCCUCGCCACCAACACUUGAUACAGAGUUCGAUAAGCUCGUCGCCUACUUACAAAAAGGAUGGACGACAGAUGGUGCAAUGCCGAAUUACACCAGCUACAGAGCAUUAGCAACCCUCCUCAAAAAGCAACGUACGAAUCUAGAUGCUGUAGAUCUGGAAGUCAUUCGACGAAUUGUACUCGCACUCGAGAGGGAUGAGCAAAACUUAUGCGAUCGCCUGCCACCUGCGGUACUGUGCAUAUUGAUCGAGGCGAUUUUGCAGGCAGGUUACUGUCGGGAAAGUGAGCGUGGUUUGUUUUUAUUGGCUGAUUGUCUUUGCCAUGUACCCCAGACGCAGGAUGCCCGAAAAAUAAUCCAAGACAGGAAGCAUACUAUCGGAGAGAAAUGUUUGAAUCUACUCAUGAAAGGAUUUGUUCAAGGACCCAACAAGGAUGACAUUCGGAGAUGGAUUGGUAUCCUCAUUAUCCAGUUAUUCCGCGGUGCACCCAAGAACAUCGAGAGGAUAGAGCUCGGGUCGAACGAACUACGGCAGCAACUUGGCCCUUUUUUGAAAGCGGAGAACAACGAGAUCCUAAGAAUUAUUUGCGGUGAAAUUAUUAGAGUUCUUGGGGGCGCUGGGGUUCAGAUAGAGUCACUAUGGCCCGCUGGCACGUCAAAAGAUGCUCUGACGAACUUUCCUACGUGUACAUCCCAGAACAAUAGCUGGAGCAAACAAUUUCAAGCCUACUUGGAUGUGACGUAUGAGACGCAGAACUCUGCGGUCGGUGGACAGAGAGGGCUCUUGUAUUUUGCAUCUGAGUACCGGACCACGCCAAAACAAGUGUUUAGAAAUAAUCAAGGUUGCUAUCCAGUUUGGUUAGACCUUGAAAAGGUCACAAUGUUUUCUCCGGACGACGGACAGUCAGUUAACCAUAUUCUCGAUAUUUCCCGCGGCACAAUCGUACGGAUCGUUCUCAAUGCACCACAGAAUUCGCAGCACGGGUCACAUGUCACCUUUGACUUGAAAAAGAGUUCUGAAUAUAGAUGUUCUUUAAAUGGUGCGGACGUCGAAUUGACAAGUGUACACAUUUUCGGAGACCAGCAUUUAGUGGCGCAAUUCGGAGAGGAGUAUUUAGCAACCUGCUAUGAUGAAGUGGAAUUGGUCGACCAGAGCGAGUUUGCCGGGGCUCGUCAAGAAGCAACGCCCCUCGACGAUGACUACGAAAAUGGAAUCCAUGAGAACGCGACACAACAAUGUUUCAUCACCAAAAGCCCAAUCGUUCUUCAGGCGGUACGGGAUGAAGUUGAACAGUCGAUUGACGGUGAGGCCGCGGAUGAUAAGGAAGGAGUUGAGAACAAAGAUUUGAUGGGGGAUUGGUUCCAGACAUUCGAGUCGCAGCCCAUAGCCAUUGACCAAGGCGACAAGCUAUUGGACGACAAUGACAUGAGUGAUAAGGAGUCUCAUGUGGUCUCUGAACAAAACGAAACGCUUUGGAAUGGGGACGUGUCUUCUGCUUCUGGUCUCACGAAUGUAAUAUCAAUCAAUAACAUACCUAAUGACGCAGAAAACAACACACUAAAUGAAACAAUCCAGCAAGUAUUACCAGACGAUGGGACAAAAAAUCACCCACCCUAUCAUGAGGCAGAAGACAACACUGAAGUUGAGGUAAACAGAAUUACCAUUGAGUCAAUUCAGGAGGAACACUCUGGAAAGAACGGCACGAAAUCUAGCAAUUUAUCAGCUUCACCAGCUGGAAGUGGUCAGGGAAAGUCGCACAUUCAUAUUCAAACGACGACAAGCAAGAAGCAACCACUCGCUUCGAUGAAAGGUAUCAAAUCUAAAGCGAAGACACCGAUCACUAUGAGCCAGAGCAAGGAAGCCAAAAAUGUCCCAUCAAAAGAGCAAAGUCAAUCUGCAAUCGAGAAAUCACGAAAGUCUAGAUCAUUGCCACAUGUCCAUGAAUCAGACAUGCAGUCAGAUGUCUUGUCUGAGGUCGAUGAGCAUGAUACUUCCACCCCAAAGCUCAGGAAGCAAAGAUCGACUCAGGCUGAAGCCGUCGCAAAAAGGAAAUGCCAACAAAGUAAAACAGCCGAGCGAAAGAGCGCACAGAUUGAGAAAAAUAUCACGCCUUCAACAACAAUCAAAUCUGACCCUAACUCUCUUGACAUUUUUGACGUGCCGCCAGGUGAAGAUCCGCGGCUGUCGAAGUUGAGUACACGAAGUCCAGUCAAAGCCACCAAGAAGAAGCCCAACAAGUCCGGAGCCGCAGGAAAAAGAAAGUCCGUAGCACAAGCCAAAUCCCAGCUUGAGAAACCAGCGCCGUCCAAAAAUGACCAAAACUUAGUUAGAACCUCUCAGCAGCCAGCGCGGCGUAGAAACCCGGCACGUAAAUCCCAGAAAUCACAGGAUGAGAUGGAUGGGACUGUAGUCGGUUCAACAACAGAGUUUGGCGUCGUCGAACGGCAAACUGUUUUGGUUACAAAAACCAAAGUCAUAAUUUCCAACACGGAGCAGGAGAUAAAUGUAAAUGCUACCGCUGUAGCGACACGUCCGUCAGAAAAACAAAGUCCGAACCAGACGCCGGUCAGAUGCGACGCGGUACAAUCCGGAUCUCCACCAAAAAAUGGAAAUAUACAAGAAGAUGACUAUGAAACUGUGCUCUCGGUAGCAAAUGGCGUGGAAUCGGAGCGUCGAAUCAAUACAAACGCUGCUAACGAGAAUUCGGCCAAGUCGACAAUGGCACAGAAAUUGACUCAACGUCUCUCGUCCGUAAUCGACGAGGACUGUCCAUCAGCUAACAAAUGCGUUGACCAAAAGGGGAUUGCGACUACAAAAGUCUUAGAGCCGAGCCCAAAGCGACCGAGUCCAACGCCUACGGCUCAGGAAACAGAUAGAAGCAUAGAAAAGUCUUCGGCGGAACGUUCAACAAGAUCGGUCGAAGCCAAGGUGAGCGUGGCCGAUGAUCAUUCAAAGGGCACCCGAAAACGCAAGGCUACACUAAGUGAAGCUUCGCCUUCGAAGGAAACCCGACAUAAGAGACAGUCUCAAGAGAAUGUGCCCAUCCGCCGAAGCCCUCGGAUACAAGCAAGCAAGAAAGAGAAACCGACAGAGACUGCUAAUAUGGAGACAUCUAAACUCCCCAUCACUGGCGUGCCAGAACAAAUCUUCCCGGCUCGAGUGAAGGAGGGCCCCCGAAAGAAAAUUGCCAAUAUUGCGAGCCUUAACACAACACCUAUUUCAAAGCCUCCUCUGCGAAGAAGUCCCCGUUUGGCUAAGGGUGAGGAGGAUGCUGAAGUGGCCGUGAGUAAGAGGCUAAUAGAUGAAAGUACGGCCCGCAAAGUGAGGAUGAUUGGUUUUGACAAAAAUGGGCCGAAGAAUCAAGGAACAACAAGUGCUCCGGCAGAUGCAUCUACCAAGAGAACGUUGUUCGCGACCAAGAGAAAGCUUGAUCCGGCAGAGCCUACCUUGGUCGUCCGCCCUUUGAAACGACAGAAUAGUAGCCCUGUUGAGCCCGAAUUGGAGAAGUAUGAUGGGGAAGAUAUGCAACCACAUCUUGCAAGCAGCCCCCCAAAGGGUACCUCAGGACAAGAUAAACCUAUUCCCCUUCUCAAUCGAUCCCGGUAUAGGCACGUGUCGAACUCGCAAGGCUCGCGAGUCACUCCAAAUGGCAGCCCUAGACCAACAGCUAGUGCAUCUAAGGUUGACCAUAUAAGCAAGAUUCAGGCAAAGUUGGACAAGACCGAGAUACCCGACGUGAAAGCGAAAGAAGUUACCAGCCAGCCUCCACUGGUCUUCCGAAGCGGCUCGACGUUUGGGCCUAAGAUUGCUCUAGGAACUCGCACGAAAUCACGACCCGCUUCUUUACAAGAAGAUGAAGAGGAAACGCGUUACGUCGCUCAUCACAAGACAAAAAGCGGGCAGUACGAGAACGUGAAAAGCAAAGAGCUUGUGACCGAACAGAAAACUUUGGCAGAUCCAUUUCUUGAAACCAAAGAGUCAAGGAUAACAAGCGAUUUCAACAAAAUUCUUCAGACGGCUACAACACGACAAAACCAACAAAGAGUUGCGCUUCCGAAUGGAAAAGUCUUUGGGGUCAAUAGCAAAAACAAACGAAAGGUAGACGACGAAAAUGAAGAGACCUUCGUAGCAGAGAAAUCAGAUUCGUCUGUUCCAAGUAUGAGUACCGACAACUCAUCAGAUGAUAUGGACAGCGAGGCAUCAAGAAGUCCACUAAAAGAGGUAUCUGCGAAAGAUACAUGGAAUAUUGCUCUUCGACCGCACUAUCGUACAUUCGCCGAUGCUGUACACCGAGUCGCAGAUGACAUGAUCAUUCGACUACAGGGUGAAGAGGAAAUUCUCGGUCUAAUAACGAAGCAAUAUCAGCAGAACGGGAAACAGAUGAUGAAUAGUGUUUUCCAUACCCGAAAACAGCAAAAGGCGGAGGUAGUGCGGGACUUGAUGGAGAAAAAGAAGGCUCUCCUGAACACUUACAACAACUCUCGAGGUUUACUCGCCAAAACUAGUCAGAUCCUGAAAGAGAACUCCAUCACGGAAUUCGAGAAGCAGUGGAAGACGAAGCAGGCGGGCAUCCAUGAGCAUCUUGCGAUAUGUCGUGAACAAGUAUGA